AGCGCGCCCAUUGGUUAAAAAAUGUUAACAUGUAUGCUGUCAUGUGGCUGUCAUUUGCUGUCAUGCUAACCAAAAUUAUACACAUGCGUGUUGAGGUCUUUUCUUUUCCCAAAACUUGACAAAAAUGGGUAUCGACAUCAACCAUAAAUACGACCGUAAGGUUAGGAGAACAGAACCUAGAAGUCAAGAUGUAUAUUUACGUCUUUUAGUAAAACUGUACCGUUAUUUAGCCCGUCGUACAGGGGCCAAAUUCAAUAAAAUAAUCCUGAAAAGAUUGUUUAUGAGCAAAAUCAACAGACCACCACUAUCUUUAUCCAAGUUAGUGCGUUUGAUGAAGAAGCCUGGCCGUGAUGGACUUAUUGCUGUCGUAGUAGGAACAAUUACUGAUGAUGCUAGGAUUUUUGAAAUUCCCAAAUUGUCUGUAUGUGCCCUUCGCGUGACACAAACUGCUAGGGCCAGGAUCUUGAAAGCUGGAGGUGAAGUCAUCACCUUCGACCAAUUGGCACUCAGGGCCCCAACUGGCAAUAAAACUGUAUUGCUACAAGGCAGACGUAAUGCCCGUGAAGCUGUGAAACACUUUGGUCCUGCUCCUGGUGUACCACACAGUCAUGCUAAGCCAUUGGUACAUUCCAAGGGACGCAAAUUUGAGAGAGCACGAGGUCGUAGGCGCUCAUGUGGUUACAAGAAAUAGACUUAAGUUAAUCAUUUUGUUUCUGCUGUAUUCAUAUUUGUUGUUCAAUAAAUAGGAAUUGCAGUACAUUGGAAUUUUGUUUUGUAUUUUAUAGAAUAUAACAAAAUAAAGGAAUUUAAUAUAG